AGCUGCAGCCUCAGCCGGCUCCACAGCCUCUAUAACUAGAGCAGGACAGAACUACCACUGCAGACUGCAGGGCGCAACUGUAGGAGAAGAGGACAGAACUACUAGGAGCGGUAGAGAGGAACGGACUCACGGGGAAAGACAAAUUCAGCAGGAAGCAGCAACACCUGGAACACAACUCUGAGACCAACUCCAAACAACCCUCUCACUGGAUCACUUUGAGCUUUUAUUUCCAAUUGAGACGAUUUGGAAACAAAGAGUUGAGAAAAGUAAGUUGGACUGUAAGAGGCGUGUUGGAGAUCAGGAGGGAAGAGAAGGACAGUUUAGGACUUUGGAUCUCAGUCAUCUUGGGUUUUUUUUCCCCCGUCCUCUCUGUUUUAACAGACCAUAAACCACCUGGAUUGACCUUUAACCACUCUUGGGUUUCUUCAUUUUUUUUUACCCCCUCCAGCCUGGAACCUUGGAGAGAGUUCUCUCUCUUCUGGGGGGGUCGGAGGACGAGACUGACCAGACGUACAGCGGGACAACAGACUUCGUCCAAGAUGUUGUGGUCGAGGAGAGUCGUCCAGCAGUGGUGCUUCUCUGUGUUCUUACUGUGUUCCCCUGUUCCUCACUACGGACGGCCAAUCGAUGGGCUCGCCAACAGGAUGAAGCGCUCGGUGACCCACGCCCAGCUGAUGCACGAUAAGGGCCGGACGCUGCAGGAUUUCAAGCGUCGCAUGUGGCUCCAAGAGCUGCUGGAGGAGGUCCAUACGGCUGAGAUCAGGGAGCUGCCCGCCCGCCCGGUGGUCAGCAGCGGACUGGGGCUGGGACUACCGGGUGCCGGGGUAGGGGUCAGCCUGGGAUUGGGCACCACUGGGGGUACCCUGCACCCCCACCCCAAACCUCCAGGGGGCACCAAAAACCUUCCCAUUAACUUCCAUAUGGAGGAGGAGGGAACCAACCUGCCGCAGGAGACCAACAAGUCCCAAACAUACAAAGACAAAGACGGGGCGCGGAGGGCCAAGGAAGGGAAGAAAAAGAAAGGGAGGGGGGGGAAGAGGAGGGAGGGGGGGGAGAAGAGGAAGAGGCCGGCGCGCUCACUGGGCUGGGCGCAGGAAGGGGAGGAGCCUGGGAAUGGGUACCACCUGGAGUGGCGAGGGCCCUUCUUCGGCCUGAGGGGGGCGCUGCACUAGAACACUGUCACACUCUGACUAAGAAACCCUAAGGACAUUCAGAUGAACACCCAGACACUCCUGUUACAGGGUCCUGUGAUAGUGAUUGUUGGGAAACACCCAGACACUCCUGUUGCAGGGUCCUGUGAUAGUGAUUGUUGGGAAACACCCAGACACUCCUGUUGCAGGGUUCUGUGAUAGUGAUUGUUUGGAAAGUAAAAUAAGGAAAUAUUUAUUUUCAGUAAAUAUUGUAAACGCACCAGACUAGUGAUAAUGACGAAGACAAUAAAAAUUACAGACGCUCGCUCUGCGGAGCAACAUAAUUUAAUAAUUGUGAAAUCCUUCCUGUUCUGUUUUGUUUUGUUAGGACUGUGCCAAUUAUUAUUAAUGACAGAUUUUGCUGUAAUUUAUUCUUGUUUGAAUCAUGUAUUUAUUUUGUACAUGUAUUGAGGUGCUGCUGACCUUCUAUAUUUUUGUACCAUAAUGCACUUUUAGAUUUAUAAAUAUAUAUAUAUAUAUAUAUAUAUAUAUAUAUAUAUAUAUAUAUAUAUAUAUAUAUAUAUACAUACAAGUAAUUUUGUUAAUUUACUUUUUGUGGUUGAUUGAAAUGAAGAAAACAUUGUUGGUCAUUCCUCCGUGUUAUCUAGGCUCCUUCUCUGCAUGGUUCUAUAAUGAUCACAUGAUAAUGAUCACAUGACUCGUCUGUCCGCUCUGACUGGCCCACAGACGUCUAAUCUAGUUGGCUGUUGACCAGGGGCGUGUUCAAUAGGCACACUAUGGAAAAAAAUAGGAAAUCCCAAAAAAUAGCAUUUCUAAUUGGACUAAAGUCCAGCUAGUCCCUCCCCGUUCCAGAUGGUUCUCUUCAGUUCGAUACCGAACGAACACGACCCAGGACGACCCACGCAGCUGUCCUCAACCCCUGACCCCUAACCUCUGUACAUUGUGCUUCAACUCCCCCCUCCGUCAGUUGGUCCACUGGGAACCACCUUGUCUUUCUCCUGUUAUGCUUCUGAAUGCUGUCCUAAGUUCAAAGUUCACUCGGCCUGUACAUAACCUGAACACAAUGCAACAACUUCAUAUCGUUGUUUGGCACUUGCACUGAGAGACUACCCUAUAUUGAAUGGAUUAAACAUUUGACAGUA